AUGUAUGAAAAAGUAAGUUUCAGUGGAGGAUCAACAGGCAAUUUGUUGAGAUAUUUAAAAACAAAGCAUCCAACAGUUCCACUCCAGAGAAAUGUCCAGGUAAAUGAAUCAAAUUCUGAGAUUAUUGAUGAUUCAGAACCCUCAACAUCUAUGAAUCAAAAUCCUACUGGACAACAAUCUUCUUCAGCAGCAACUAUAGCAACAACAUCAACAGCAUAUUUAAGACCCCAUAACAAACGACAAAUCUCUAUUGCAAACUUUAUCCAAAAGCCGAUACCUAUGAGCAAAUCAAAAAUGAUUGACCAACAGUUAGUCAAAAUGAUUGUGAAGGAAUAUCAUCCAUUUAGUGUGGUAGAGGAUGUAGAAUUUCGUAACUUAAUUAAAAUGUUAUCUCCAACUUACGUUAUUCCAUCAAGAAAAACAGUAACCCAAAGUUUGAUGCCUCAGAUGUUUGAGAUGACUGUUGAAUGCGUAAAGGAUACAUUAAAAAAUGUGGAAGCUGUGUGUUUGACCACGGAUGGGUGGACUUCCAGGACUAAUCAAAGUUUUAUAUCAGUAACAGCACAUUUUAUUGACCCUAAAAACGAGACACAUGUUUCAUCUGUAUUAUUAGGCUGUAUUGAUUUUGAUGAAAAACAUACAAGUGACAAUUUGGCUCGUUUUUUAAGAAACAUGGUUGAGGAAUGGAGUUUAUCAAAUAAACUUACUGCUAUAGUUACUGAUAAUGCUGCUAAUAUUAAAUCAGCAAUCAAAAAGUGUAAAUGGAGAUGGCUCUCUUGCUUUGCACAUUCCAUGAACUUAACGGUCCAAUCUAGCUUGAAAUGUAUAGAUUCUACUCUUACAAAAAUUAAAAGCAUAGUACAGUAUUUUAAAAAAAGUUCGCACGCCCUGGCUAAAUUAAACGACUAUCAAAAACGAAUUGGUUCCCAUAUUUUGAAACUUAAACAGGAUUGUCCAACGCGAUGGAAUUCAACAUAUGACAUGGUUAAUCGAAUAAUUGCAAUUAAAGAUCCAAUUAUUGCUACUCUUGCAGUUUUAGGUAAUCCAGAGUUGAACUGUUUGAACCCACAAGACUGGAUAAUAUUGGAAAAUGCCCGGGACAUUUUAAAAAUCUUUUAUGAAGUGACUACAGAAAUAAGUGCUGAAAAAUAUGAUAAGUUGCUUGCAAGAUUUGGUGAUAUCGAAGAGAACCAUUUAAUUACUCAAGCAACUUUAUUGGAUCCGAGGUUCAAGAAAUUUGCAUUCUCUAAUAAAAAUCAUUGUAAAAAUGCAGUUGAUUUUUUAAAGGCUAAAGCACAAAGCAUUAUAAUAGAAUCAGGCGAACCAAUACAUCAACAAAUUGCUACAACUACCUCUACUAGUAAUUCAAGUUCAGCACUGUGGAAAGAGUUUGAUGAAACUGUGGUAAAUUUGAUCGGAGGAUCCAACUCAUCAGUGGCAGGCAUUAUUGAAGUUGAUAAGUAUUUGAAUGAACCAUUAAUUAGCCGUGCAGAAAAUCCUUUGGUUUGGUGGGCUGAGCGUAAAAAAGUGUACCCAAGAUUAUACACACUUGUUAAAAGGAGACUGUGUAUUAUGGCAACGUCGGUACCUUGCGAAAGGAUAUUUUCCAAAGCAGGCCAAGUUGUAAGUGAAAGAAGAAGUCGACUCUCCGCAUCAAAAAUUUCACAAAUAUUAUUUCUUAACCACAACAUGUGA